AUGUUAGAAAUGGCAAAACUUAAAAAGUGUUUUAAUAAAAAAGCUCGUCAAAUUUCAUCACAGUCUAUUGAAGAUUUGCAAAAAAGCUCUUCUGAGAUUGCCAAAAAAGUAAAACUCGAAGAUGAAGAAUAUAAGAGCACGAGAGAUGAAACAAAUGUAAUGAUCUUAAGUGCAAAAAAAAAAAUUGUUAAAAAAGUUAAUCCUUCAAAUGAAAAAAAGAUAAAAAAAACUUACUAAAAAACAGAAGAAAAAAUUGCUGCAGAUUGUUGAGCAAAAAAAAAAAAAAGAGCAGCGUGCUGAAAUUUUAGCAUCAUUGGCUAAUGUACAAGUAUCUAAAGAAGAACUUUCUCUUUAUAAAUCAACUUCUAAGAUAGGCCAGCCGGAAUCCUUAAAAAGGAAAGUAGCUGUUGAAUCGAACUCUGCCACCGAAAUAAAUUCUAUAUCUAAAAGACGGCGAAAUCGGAAACAAAAAUCAAAAGAGAAUUCUUCCACUUUUGUUAUGCAAUGUGAUUCAAAAGAAAAUAACGAAUCAAACUCUGAUGAAGAAAACUCAGAAAAUGAAAGUUCUGAAUGUAAAGAAGAUAUUGAAAUUAAAAAAGAAAAUAUUGAAAUAACUAAAGAUGUGUAUAAUGUAGAUCAUAAUAAUGAAAUAGAUAAUCAAAAAGAUUUAAACAAAAAUUUUAUUAAACUGCAAAAUGUUGAAGUUAACGAUAUCAUAAAAGGACCAGUUAGUUUAGUCAAAGAUAGUGCUUUAACAUCUGAGAAUCUUGUUAAAGAUAGUAUUUCAACACCUAUUAAUUUAGCUAAAGAUAGUGUCUCAACACCUGUCAAUAUAGUAAAAGAAAGUGCGCCAGCUUCUGUAAAUAAACCACUUUUUGUUGAAAUAAGCAGAAACAAUGAUAUUCAAGCAGCUCGUUUAUUACUACCUAUUUUGGCGGAAGAACAGGUGGUUAUGGAAACAAUUAAAGAAAAUGAUGUUGUUAUAAUCUGCGGAUCAACCGGAAGUGGUAAAACAACUCAAGUACCUCAAUUUCUUUUUGAAGCUGGUUAUGGAACUCAUAAUCCUCACUCUGGUUUGAUUGGUGUUACUGAACCGCGUCGAGUUGCAGCAAUAUCUAUGUCCAAGCGUGUUGCCCAAGAAAUGAGUUUACCAGAAAGUAAGGUUUCUUAUCAAAUUCGAUAUGAAGGCAACAUAACAGAAAACACUGUGAUAAAGUUUAUGACUGAUGGUGUUCUUCUAAAAGAAAUGGAGACAGAUUUUUUGUUGAGCAAAUACUCUGCAUUGAUCAUUGAUGAAGCCCAUGAACGCAGUGUCUACACUGAUAUUCUAAUUGGUUUAUUGUCUCGAGUUGUUCCUAUGAGAAAUAAGCAAGGAAAACUUCUUAAAUUAAUAAUCAUGUCUGCUACAUUGCGUGUUGAAGAUUUUACAGAAAAUAAACGCUUAUUUUCUACUCCUCCUCCUACACUAAAAAUAGAUUCUCGCCAAUAUCCUGUUACAAUACAUUUUAAUAAAAGAACAGUAGAAGAUUAUAUGUCUGAAGCUUACAAAAAGGUUUGCAAAAUUCAUCGCACACUUAAGAAUGACGGUGGUAUACUUGUGUUUUUAACUGGUCAGAGUGAAGUGCUAACUUUAUGUAAAAAACUAAGGAAUUCAUUUCCAGCUGUUAAAACACCAGUUGUACAUAAAACAAUAACAAUCAAUGCUAAAAAUCAGAAAACAGAAAAUCGUGUUAAUAUCGAUUUAGACAGUUAUGAGGCAAAUCCAAAAUAUACUCCUGAUGAAUAUUUAGAAAUGGAAUCAGGCGAUGAAGAUAUUUAUGAAGAAGAUAACGAGCUGUUUGAAGAUGAAAAAGGAGAUACCCUCACAGAUGCAAUCACAGAUUGUUCGAUACCGCUUUAUGUUUUGCCACUGUACUCUAUGUUACCUAGUGAUAAACAAGCUCAGGUGUUUUCAUCUCCACCAUCUGGUUUUCGUUUAUGCGUAGUAGCAACAAAUGUUGCAGAGACUUCAUUAACUAUCCCUGGAAUUAAAUAUAUUGUUGAUUGCGGAAAGGUAAAAAAAAGAUUUUAUGACAAAAUAACUGGAAUGUCUACUUUUAGGGUUACUUGGACCUCAAAAGCAUCAGCUGACCAAAGAACUGGAAGAGCUGGUCGUGUUGGUCCUGGUCACUGCUAUAGACUUUAUUCAUCUGCUGUAUUUCAAAAUGAGUUUGAGGAUUUUUCUGAAGCAGAGAUUCAACGUCGGCCUGUUGAUGAUCUUUUAUUACAAAUGAAGGCCAUGUGUAUUGACAAAGUUGUUAACUUUCCGUUUCCUUCACCUCCUGAUUUAAAAGCCCUACAAGCUGCAGAAAAAAUUUUAAUAGAUCUUGGAGCAUUGAAAAUUCAAUCUUCAAAAAAAGGAAGUGAUGUUGCAGUUAUUACAUCUUUGGGUAAACAAAUGUCUAAAAUACCAGUAUCUCCACGGUUUUCAAAGAUGAUUUUACUUGCGAGUAAAGAACAAGGUAUUUUACAAUUCGUAAUAGCAAUAGUUGCAGCUCUAACAGUUAAGGAGAUAUUUACUGACGAUAUUGACUUUUCAAACCAGCCAGAACUUGAGCUUGACGAUCUUAAGAAAAAGAAACAAAUGAUCACAAUAGCAAGAAGAAGUUGGGCGGGUAGUGGUGAAACGGCAUUGCUUGGUGACCUGAUGGUUAUUUUAAGAGCUGUAGGUUCCUGUGAAUAUGCUGGUUGUACUGAAAAUUUUUGCAAAGAAAAUGGACUAAGGUAUAAAGCAAUGACAGAAAUCAGAAAAUUGCGUUCACAACUCACAAAGACUGUGACUUCUGCGGAAGAAUCUGUUGAUGUAAUUCUUGAUCCAAAAAUGAAUCCUCCAACUGAUGACCAGGCAACAUCAAUCAGAAAAAUUGUUCUUUCUUGCUUUGGUGAUCGUGUAGCACGAAAAAUUCCAAUUGAAGAAGCGAAAUCACUUAAAGUCAAGAAUGCUUACAAAUGCUGUUCCUCAGAUGAACCUGUUUAUAUUCACCCAACUUCAUCCUUAUUUUCCAAGCUGCCUGAGUUUCUUGUUUAUCAAGAGAUCAUUGAAACUAGCAAAUUGUACAUGAAAACUAUUUUAUGUACAGAAGAGGAGUGGUUACCAAAGUAUGCUCAUUACAUGUGUAGUUUUGCAAAACCGCUAGAGGAUGUUCCUCCUGUUUACAAUGAAGAAGAGGGGGUGGUUAAAUGUUACAUGACUUGCACAUAUGGUUCUCAUGUAUGGAAGAUUUCCCCCCAACUUCUCACUUAUCCAAAUAGUCCUGAAAAAUAUCGUUGGUUUGCUCGUUUCAUAUUAGAAGGCCAGGUCAUAAGUAGUCUUAAAAAAUUUGCUGAAUAUUUGGUAACACCGGCCUCAAUAAUGGUGAAGAGCUGGGCGCACUUGCAACCAAAAACCGAUAAGUUGUUGAAUUGUUUGAUGCAAGAAAACAUUGAUUGCAAAGAAAAAUUAAUUAAACAUUGGAAAAAAGACAACAAAUUUUUAUUGAAGGAAUAUUUGCUUUGGGUUAGCGAAGUCAAACACGAUGAAGUCGUAACUUUAUGGCCUCCUUUUAAAUAACAUAUUUUGAUUCCUUUUACAUGUGUCAAAACUUGUUUUUUUGAAAAAAAAUCCUCGUUUAA